AUGCGUGUAGGUCCGUCGGUAUGGCGGUGUGCCUCUUCCGUCACCUUCGAACUGCUUGGGCGGGUACCGCCCGGACGUUCUCCACGUUACUUCCAGCAGCAGUCUGCGGCACGCAAAGUGAUGGACGGCACAUCCCUUGCCGUACUACCGGCAGCCCCAUCGAGGGGGUCACGUCACGCGACACAGCAGGCAUUGCUGGAGUUGGAGCCACAUCCCACCGCGGAUGCCCUGUGCAUCACUGCGGAUGCUGUGGAUGAGGACAUUGUGUUAGAUGGCGUCCACGCAAAGCAACUCUCUGGCGUGGCCGUCUCAGCAGAGCGGGGGAAGCUCUCGGAGCAUCACCCAGCGGCACGUGGGGUUGGGUCAGACGUGAUUGAUUUGGUGACCGAUGCCUUCAAACAAGAACGGAAACGGCUUAUUGCUCAGCGGCGUCGUGUGCUGUAUGACUUGACGCAUCCCAACCCGUCGGAUUACACGUACAAGGACAAGCUGGUCCCACCACCGCCUUUGAGCUUUGGGAAAAUAACGGAUGAAGCCAAACAACUUGGAAACAAAGUUAUGCUGGGCCAGCAUUACACACUGGUGCGACGGGCAGGCAUGAUGCGGGAUGAGACGGAUACCGCUUCCACCACGGUCGGGGGACAACAACGGCGAACACGACGAAAACCAACGCUGUAUGAUAAUCACAAUUUUUUUUUUGAGCUAAACGAUUUGUAUCAAGAAAUUGUCCUGGUCGGCAAGGCUUGUGCGGGAAAGUCGAGUAUGUUGAAUGCGCUGCUAGGGCAGCCAGUAGCCAAGACAAGUAGUCAACCGAACACAACGCGACAAAUUUCUUUUUACCAGAGUGUCUCACCGGAGGAGAUGCAACGAUACCUUAAUGUGAAGGGCAACGGCCUGGUGAAGCUUCCUGGCGGCGGGGUGCAGUUAACAUUUGUAGAUGUCCCUGGCUUCGGCAUUGAGGGAAUGUCGGAUCAGUGGCGUGACAAGGCAAUUGCGCUCACAGACGCCUACCUGGGUGUGCGGCGCUCAGUGAAUACAGUGCUUUUCUGCAUUGACUGUGAACGUGGACUCACAAAGGUGGAUUUGCGCUACUUUUCGUGGCUUGAAAACCUUCACGGGGUGUUUUUUAUAGUCUUGACAAAGUGCGACUCCGUGCCACACUCGCGCGUGUGUUCUGUCAUGCGGCAGAUUUACGCCACCAUCACCAAGAACCGCCGCAAGUACCGAAAGGUGUUUCCCUUUAUCAUUCCCACCUCUGCGAGGGACGGCACCAACAUUGAGUUUCUCCGCGGUUUGAUUGCGGAAACCUCCGGCCUCAUCCCAGGUGAUCGGCUGCGACAGCUGUUGAAGACGAAGGCAGACGCGGAUAUGGAGGCGGCGUUGAAGGAGGAAGCAAGGCGCGUACAAGAGGCCCACCGGGUGGGAACGCAGGAAGCGAAGGCGUUCUUUACAGCAUUGAAAGAGGAAAAAUAUUACAAUGCGCUGGGUUCUUCUGUAGGUAAUGCACCGUCGCCCCCGCCACCAAUGAAACCGCAAAAAUACGUACUUCCUCUGAAUGGCAGUGAUGCGACAGCCAUGGAUGCUCACGUGCGCACACCGGCUGACGAGCCGUUGUUGGCGUUUCCUUCAGAUGACUGGAACAGGCAGAAUAAUAACGACAUCGUCCCUAACCUGAAUCACCCUUUUGGCAUGAACGAGAAUGAGAAGGUGAGACGACGACAACGCUUCUUAGCGUGGCGUCACACCCAUCCGCUUCAACGGCAUACGUCUGAUUACGGAACCUUUCGGCUUAAUACAGGACUUGAAAGACCUGAUGCAGAGUGGCUUGAAUUGCCGUACAUGGAAACUGGCGUCAGUGGUAAUGAUGCGAAAAGCGACUGUGUUGUGGCAGCGCAAAAGAACCUCACAUAUCUAACAGAGGGGGGAAACAAUAAUAUGGGCUCUACUGGCUCAGUCACUCCGGUGGGGGACAGGGAAAUGAAGGAUGAAACUGUAAUGACGACGACGUCAACCGGGACAGCGUCGCCCUCUGCUGUGAUUGGAUUGUGUGAAGGAAGCAAAAGUCCAACUGUGCAUCAACAAACGAGCGGCGGAGUCUCUCAGUUUUUAGGACUUCUGGACGAUUAUGCAAAGCAGGCUGCACCGGUGGGUUGGGAUAAGCGGCGGUGUGCCAAGGAGACGAGGUGGCGUGAACGUCUCCAUAUGAGAUCUGUCACUCGUUUUCUUGUUGAGGAGAAGGACGGCCGAAUUGCGGAGUACAAGGCGGGAAAAAAGUUUGGCCCUUCGCUUGUGGAACCUUGUGAGGUGGAAAAGCGGCGCUCACAGUGGGCUGCCCGUCAGUUCGUGCAGCAGGCUGUGGCAGUUCGCCCUACGUCACCGUGGACGGCACUGGACGUGUUGCGAAAAGAGAGAGAGCGUGUCAAGCAGGAGGCGGCGAUGAGAGGGAUGACAAAGAAGGAACUACAGGCGUAUCUUCGCAAUUCUGGAAGCGUCACGGAGGGCUUUGAGAGCUUUGAAGGCGAAGUAACGGCUGCCAAGUACAUGAACGAGAUUCGGCAAGCGGAGACGCUGCGCUCUCAGAAACAGAUGCAUCUCAAUAGCACCGCCAAAAUAUCGUACCGCUCGAUGCCGGUCGGGUUAUGGAAAAGGUAUGGGGAGAGAGCAACGUAUUGGCCGACGUCCCGUGUGAAGGGCCGGUGA